UGCGGCGGCGGGCGCGGCGGCAGACAUGCGAGCAUGGCCAUCCUGCAGUCGUGCUGCUGCUGGCGCUCCGUGCGCAUGGGCAGCUACGCCAGCGCCGCCUACACCACGGCGUACUUCUCGGUGAUGGUGGUGAUCAUGGGCCGCGUGUUGCACGAGGAGCGGCAGUACCUACAGGGCUACGUGCCGGCGCCGCAGACAACCAGCGUGCUGGAGGCGGGGCCCAUCUCACCAGCGACCAUGUGCCUGACGGUGGCGGUGCUGGCGUGCGCCAGCUGCGGGGUCAUCGCCUCCCUUCUGCUGUUCUACGGCCUGUACACGGACCGGCGGCUGCUGCUGGUGCCGUGGAUCCUGGUGGUGGCCGCCAACCUGCUGCUCGACCUGGCCCACGUCGUCACCACCAUCGCCAUCGGCGCGCUUACAUUCAAUCCACUCACUGCGUUUCUCUUCACAAUCGACUUUUUCCUCAUCACACUCAACGUGUACGCUCUGCUGUGCGUCGUGUCGCAGUUCCAGGAGUAUAAGGCUGGCCGAGGGACCGCCGCGGAUGAUCACUGCAUCCGACACCAGGUGGCGCGCUUCGCGACGGCGAGCAGCCGGCUGAGCGUGACGCGGCCGGCGACGGCGCGCCACGACGCCAAGGCGUCGCCCACGGCCACCGACCUGGACGGGCGGCGGGCGUCGCGCGAGGGCGCGGCGGACGCCGCGGGCGCCACGACCACCGCCACGACCGCGGCCGCCGCCGUGUCGGGGGGCCGGCUGGCGCCGCCCUCGUGCCGCGGCCGCGUGCACUUCCAGGCGCAGCCGGCGGCGUCGGCGUCGGCUUCCGGGCCGGCCAGCAACAAUUCGGACGAAGUCCCCAGCGGAGACGUGGACAGCAGUGCUGUGGUAGUGCUGCUGGAGGACCAGUGGUCUGUGAGCAGCAAGGCCCCACCCACCGGCCCCAAUGUCGAGACAGCGCCGCUGCUGCACCGGUCACCACAGCGCCUCUGAGGACAGCGUUGCCACAUCUAGCCACUGCUGCCAGUCACAGCGUCUUCUAGAUCCAUAAGUCUCUGCACACACCGCUGGCAACCCAGUCAGCACGUCCACUUCCCAUGUCUCCACUAUCUUGCUAGUACCUGACAGUUACUGUUAUUUGAGGGUGUUAGCAGAUAACUCCAGAAGAUGACAUUUAUGAUCAACAUGAUCAGCGGAAACCACUUCCAGUAUCACCAUCAACUGUUACUGUAAUAUGUGCUAUUAAUGUGUUUGUUAAUAACACAUCUCAUUUACAAAUCUUCGCAGCACCUUUUACAGUGCCCCAGGAGCCAUUCAUCGACAAGUAUAGGGUACAAUGCUUUUAAUGUUUUUACAAAAAGAUUUUGGAUAUGUAUUGAUAUUCAUCCGAUAAACUGACCACUGUUGCAGGUGGCCAUAUCAAGGUACGGUAUUCACAGUAGGUUAUAAAGCAAUAUUUUAAUAUUCAAGUCAGUUGUUCAAGUUUUUGAAUAAUUCACAGAAAAGUUUUACCAAAGACGACAGCAUCCAUGAAGUUACUGCCAUUAUUACAAAUCUGUCUUGAUUUUUUUCCUUUUGUCACUUAUUGAUGUAGUCUGUUCGUAAAAUCUGUACAAUUUUCGACUUACUUGCACUGGAGAACUUUUCGGGUAACUGGUUUACAGUUCUAUUGUAGAAGUAUGCUAGAGAAAUUGAAAACAUUUUCGUCUUUCUUAAAUGCUUAACUUUCUUUCACAUUUCGGCCAUAGUCGACACUGAAACAGUGUAACUAUGAAACAGAGAACAAAGUAGAACGCCAGUAGUUCUAGAGACAGCGGAAAAUUAGGCGCUAUAAACAGAAAAACCUGAAAAGCUCACGAAGUCACAAUUAAUACGACGACAUUAAAUGUAAAUAGGCUGCCAACGAGUGCGAAUGAUUAUAAAACAUUAUAGCAGAGGUAAUCUUUCCUAAACGAGCGUUUAGAACAAAACUCGAGUGGCAGGACGGUGAGAGGGAAAUGGUGUGGGACGGAUAGAGGAAAGAUUUUACACAUACAUGGAAAAGGUUCAUGUACACCCUACAGCAAACGUUCUCCCCAGUUGUACGUAUGGACAUGUAAGGGCCCUGAGACGCAUUAGGAGCCUCACAAUUUACAACGAAUUUCUUCAAUUACGCCUGAAUAGGUAAAAGGCACACAAAUGAUACGAAAAUUCUGCAUUUAUUGUUGCACUGGAAGUUGAACAUGUUUAACAAGAGAUAUCCAAUCAUGAACGGUAUAUCAUCAUAUUUUAAAUAUUACACAACAUUAUACCAAGAGAAUGCAGUUAAUAAACUCAGUAAAAAUUAUUACUUUUAAGUGUGAAAUUAACCUCUCAGACUUCCUGAUGCUACAAAAAGCUUAGCACUGACCAUGAUCGACAUUUCAGACUUUCUUAGUAAAGAAAAAUACAUCAAAUAUCAACCAAAGAAAUCAGGGCCAUGAUCAGUACACGAGAUUUCCAUGAUGUAUCACUUCCGACUCUCUCAAAAGACCAUGUUAACUUUGCACAUUAAAAAAACAAAUCCAACAUUACUGCCUGUUUAUAGCAUAAGUUUCUCAAAUGAAUCUGAUAUAUGUACUGUUUCCGAUUUGUUUAGUAACAUUCGAAUGUCAUUGUUUUAUUUUGUAAGCCAUUCUUGGGCACUUCCUGUAAUGAUAUAACAGUAGGAAAGUAAUGGGCAUUUCAUCUGUAUCCACCGUACUGCAAUCAUGAAUCAUUCUGUUGCUAACCACAACAUUGCUUUCUGUCAUUCCAUUUCAGAUUUGUUUGUUGGUUUACAGUUUCAUUUUAUUUACUAAUUCUUCUUCGGCACAAAAACCAGGUUUACUGUAUCCAAAAAUUUAUGGUUAUAAAGUGUCAGCUAUUGUUUAUGAUGCCAUCAAGCUACUGGUAUGACCAUGAAUGAUACUGCAUCUUUAGUAAUAAGUAAAGCUGCUAUAUGUUGUAUACAUUAUGGUAUUUUAAAUUUAUUCAUAGAUUUUAAUAAAUGUUACACUGAACCACAUAGCUGCAAAAAUUAAAACUGUGUUCUUGUUUGUAGAAGAAAAUUUCUUUGGUAGACAAAUUCUAUUCUCAUUAUAGAGUAGUAAAAUGGAUUGAAGUGAAACAGUGAAAUUAUAUGAUUCUCAAUGUAAGUGAUUCCAAUUAGUUUUAUCCAUUGUUGUCAGUAUUAACGAAUGGAAUUCAUGUGUCUCUUAAAGAGAUUUGUUGAGUUCUAUGUUUAAUUAAUCAACAUUCUUGUUGAGAAGUGUUUUGGUAAUCUAUCAAACAAAUGCAAAAUGAAUUUCUGCUCAUGGAAAUAAUUGUACGGCAAUUGUUCUAUUGUACAGGUCUGCACAAUGUGGAAUAAAUUAAAUUCUUCUAUAAAUAUUGUAAUAUUAUCAAUGUCGUCAUGCCUAUAUAAACCACAAUUGAUAAAAACCUAAAAUGAGCAGUCACCAUUCUUGUCUUAUUCUCAGCAUCAAUGGCAAUUUAUUAUCAAUUAAUAAGAAAACGAAAGACAUUAAGAUCUUACAAAUCUGUAUAAGUACGAAAAUAACGUGUGGAUGGGAUUCACAGACAUAAGUAAAAAAAUUAAAAACCUUACGAAAAAGUUUCAAAUAAUUUAUACUUUGUGGAUACUGCUUUGAUCCUUGAUAUGCAGCAUUCAAACAAUACCAUUACCAGGGUUACAAGCGAAAAGACACUGCAAUCAUGGUGUAUCAGGGCUGAGUCAAGAAAUUCCUUUACCUGUUUCCAACUGUUGUCAAGACAUGACAGAUGAUGCAUAGCAAACACCAAGAAAGGUUUACUGAGCCUUUACUAAUACACAAAUGCUGCACUUUUGUGACAGUUUAGAGAGAUGGAGAGCAAGAACAUAAUUUCACUAAAAAUACAAGGAGACAAAAAGUGGAACUUCCUUUUGUUAGUGCCACAUCCUAUGAAUUUAAUGAUCAUGGGAAACAUAACAGAGCUGUGAACACCCUAACCAUGAAAUAUGAGUGAUAUGGCCUACAUGUUUCAAUAGUAAUUUCUGUAUUUAAUAGAGAAAGCACAUUUUAAUGAAUACAUUCGCUUUCUUAACAGGCACUUUUGUUUCAGGUUGUACAGACUUGUAUACAAUACUAUUCGACUGUUUGAGACAUAACCAUCUACCCCAUUACCAUUUAUAUCACAUAUGUAUUCAUAAAUCUUUAUUGAAAACUUACUCUCUUCCAAAUCGUUUCAUCUACACUGACGUUCCUCUGUCAUGUUAAAAAGAACUAUUUUGUAAAUAAUGUAUGUUAAACACUUCAAUCUCCUUGUUGUAACUUUGCAGUGAUUAUGACUGAAUAAAACGAUUCUUUUGU